UUUUGUAAAGUAGGGUUACAUUAAUAAAAGAGGAAGAGAAAAAGGGAAAGCAUAUAUCCAGAUCUUUUGCUUACACUAAGGACCUGAACUGAAACUCUCUCAAAACAUUGUGAAAAAGAGAGACCAUGAAGUUCUUGUUUCAGUGCCCAUGUUGUUCAUGUUUCUGCUUCAUGAAGCCUAAGCAAGGGAAACCAAAGGCAAAGGAGGUCAAGGAGGAGAAGAAAGAGGCUAAGAAAGAAGAGAAGAAGGAAGAAAAAAAGGAAGAAAAAAAGGAGGAGAAGAAAGAGUAAGCUCCAUUUACUUAUAGUAAAAGUUAUAACCACUUUGCUUUCUUAAUUUCUUGCUGUUUUUGUAUGACCUUUCUUUGGUAUGGACUGGCAAAAUUGUAAUGUAGUAUAUUGGUCCAACUUCCUAUUCA